AUGGAGAGGGCAGAAUCACCUACAGACAUAUUGUUUGGUUAUUCAUGUUUCCUCAGAAUUCAAUGUUCUGACUUCUGGGACCACUCAGAAGCAGAAUGUGCCAUGCUUCUUAUUGAGAAGCACAGCAUGCCAAGUAGCCUGGCUGUCAGGACAUGUCUGCAUCUCCUACAACUAAGACACCAGUGGGAGAAACUUUCCCUGCUGUUCCAAGAAAUGACCCUGGAGACGUCUGGCCACCAUAUCCACCCCCAGACUACUCUAGUGGCAGAACUCACCCCUCAAGGCAUUGCCCACAAAAGUCAGAAGAGUGCAUCUGUUCUUGAUGGAGACCUAAAAGUGCAGUGGAUUCGGGGGAAACUCAAGGUGUCAAAAGUUGUUCACAAAAUGGCUGCAAAGAACCCCAAAACUCUGUUUGAUCUUGCUAUACAGUGUUUGCUGAGACAUGAGUCUGCAGCAAUCCAAGCUCUGGAGGAUAUUCCAAGAGACAUUUUUGUUCCAUUGUUCAUUGCUGCCUUCAAGGGUGGGCAUAAGAAUAUAUUGAGUGAGAUGGUGAAAGUUUGGCCCUUUUACUGUCUCCAUCUUGGAACAUUAACUGUACAGGAGCCUCAACAUGAACUCCUGAAAGCCAUGAUUGAGAAUCUUCCAGUAUGUCCUGCAAACAGCACUGCUUCUUGGAAACCUAAACUGAGGAUCCUAGAUUUAAGGCGAGACAGUCACUGUAGGAUCACAUGCCCUCAAGUCAGCAUCAAAUCACCUUUCUGUUUUCACUCUUGUACUUAUUCUGACCACUCUGUCAUGAAAAUGGAAGGACAGCUUCGUUUUAUAGAUUCAGAGUCCACAAUUCAUUACAGACCUAUAGAAUUACUAGUGGAUCUUUCCCUAGAUGGCUCCUUAAUGGAAAAGGAAUUUUUGUUUUUGCUUGUGAGGAAAACUGUGGAGAGUUUAGGGGCUUUGCACGUAUGCUGUCGAGAUUUACAAGUUGUUAAAUUGGGUGACUGCAAACGCACCCUGAGAUUUCUUGAUCUCAACUGUGUUAAUCGAUUGUCAGUUGAUAAGGGUUCGCUGACUGAUAUCACCAACAUCCUGUCUCAGAUGAGCCACCUAAAGAGCCUUAGACUGCUGAAAGUCAUUAGAUCUCUGAGUGGGAAAGUCUUUAAAAAUUUCCUUAGUCAUUUGCAACGUAUGGAAAACGUUAAAGAACUCAAAUUGGCUUCAUUCUGUCUCAAAAAUCGUCUGGACAGCGUGCUCAGAGUUUUGCCACCUAGCCUGGAUUUUUUGUAUCUGCCAUCCUGUGAAAUAUCCUACAGAGACUUCCGAUUUCUAGCCCAGUGCCCUCAGGCUUCCCACCUAAAGAUCUUGAAUCUUCGUAACAAUGCGAUGUAUUGGGAUGACUUUGAGCCCUUUCAAACUCUUCUGUUAAAUCUCUCUGGUACUCUUAAGCAUCUAGAGAUAAGUCAUUGCCUUAUAAAUGAUUCUGCAAUCUCUGUUCUUAUCCCUGCCCUAAUUCGUUGUACUCAACUCCGUAUCCUGUCCUUUGCUGGUAACCCCAUCACAAUGCCUAUGCUUGUGCAUAUCAUGCAUAGGUUAACACCCUUGAUGAAGCUAAAAUAUGUGAUUUAUCCUAUCCCUAUACAUUGCUAUGAACGAUGGCAUUUUCAGAGCAGCUUAGAUCGACGGAGGCUUGCUAUUGUACAACUACACCUGAAGUCAAUGCUACAGGUUGCAGGGAGGCAUGACAUGAAUUGGAUCACUUACUCAGGGUAA